CCAGUGUCGGCGGCGUUGGCUUCUACAGACAGAAUCCAACAUGGAGUAACCAGAGAUGGGGCUCGUACGGGGCCAUCCUCACCGACAUCAACGCACGAUUUCAAUUACCGCAUUUCAGCAUGGGGCGCGACGGGAUUAAAUCGGUGGAGGUGUUCCAAAGGGAUUUACACUCUCGUGGAUGCACUCGAAUAAUUGUAGUGAAGCGCUGAGAGACGAAGAAGAGAAGCAAUAAAUAACGCAAACAAACAUAGAAAAAAACACUCUGGAAAACUAGGCUGCUACUGUUACGGUGUGUGAUCGAGGUGUUGGACGAGAAGGGCAAGACAAAAUGAAGACACCACACAAUGUGCCCUCGGUGGGAUAUUAUUGUAGGUGAAACGGAAAAAUGACCGAGGAAACACACCCAGACGAUGACAGCUACAUUGUGCGCGUCAAAGCGGUGGUCAUGACCCGGGACGACUCGAGUGGCGGUUGGCUGGCCCAGGACGGUGGGUGCCUCAGCCGUGUGGGCGUGUGCAAGGUGCUGUCGGCCGAGCUGCUGGGCCGAAGCAGCUUCCUCAUCCACGGCGAGCGCCUCAAAGACAAACAGGUGAUUCUGGAAUGCUUCCUGAAGAAGGAUCUGGUGUACACCAAGGCCACGCCCACAUUUCACCACUGGAAAGUGGACAACAAGAAGUGUGGCUUGACGUUCCAGAGCCCGGCCGACGCACGCGCCUUCGACCGUGGGGUCAGGAAAGCCAUGGAGGACCUGACGGAAGGUACGGGAGGGGAAGGCGAAGACUAUGAGGGCUCUAUCGCAAUGCUCUUGAAUGGAUCUACCACCUCUUCUUCGACCAUCCAGAACGAGGCCGAGUUGGGUGACGACGAUGUUUUCACUAAUGCCACCGACAGCUCGUCCAACUCCUCCCACUCCCAGAAGAAGGAGCCCCUGCAGCUGCAGACCCUGGCCCCGCCCAGCUUCUGCGAGCCGCGCCGCCACAACUGCAUCCUGGGCCACUUCUACGACCAGCACCGGCCCUCGGACCACUACUUCCUGGAUCAGGUGGGUGGCUGGGGGACGACAGUGGCGAAGUCGGUUCCCAUGUUCCCACGCCACGUCCGCUUCCAGGUGGAGGAGGAGGAGAUUGUGCGCAUCAACCCUCGCGAGCGGACCUGGCUGACUGGGUACGAGGACUACCGGCACGCCACCGCCACGCGCAACAAACUCAUCCAGCACCCCGAGAACGCCGACGCCUACGUGCACUUCGCCAAGAGCGAGCCGCCCAAGCACGACUACACCUACCCUUACCCCCUGGGCCUUGAUCCCCACCAGCAUGCAAGGGACCCCAAGAUAGGCUGUGUGGACCGACUUGGUGGGGGCGGCCUUAUCGGGGGACACAGGGCGGUGGUCACAGCCCAGCCCCGCACCCUCCAGCUCAAGGUCAAGCGGCGGAAGGAAGACGGCGAGCGCUCGCGCUGCGUCUACUGCCGGGACAUGUUCAACCACGAGGAAAACAGGCGCGGGCGGUGCCAGGAGGCGCCGGACCCCAUCCAAACGUGCAUCCAUCGGGUCAGCUUCAUGUGGUGCGCGGACAGCCUGCUCUACCACUGCAUGUCGGACCCAGAGGGCGACUACUCGGACCCGUGCUCGUGCGACACCAGCGACGAGCGCUUCUGCCUGCGCUGGCUGGCCCUGGUUGGGCUGUCGCUGCUGGCCCCCUGCAUGUGCUGCUACGCCCCCCUGCGUGCUUGCUACCGCUGCGGGGUGGCCUGCCACUGCUGCGGGGGCAAGCACAAAGCUGUGGGCUGAGGGCCAGGAGGUGCCAGGGGGGAGAGGGAGAGUAGAACAGAGACCCAUGGAAGGGACUGGACCGGAAGAGGGUGGCCCCGCUAUUCUUUUGUUUUGUGUUUUUGCUGUUGUGUCUCUCGGCCAAAUUCCAGAUGGGAAAACAAUUGGCUUGUCCCGAUUCUUUUCAAAAUGGAAAUUUCUCUCGUGGAAAGAAAGAGAAAAAAGAAGUUUCCUAUUGUUUUUUAAUUUUUUUAUUUUUAUAGGGGUACCCUGCCUACGGCUUCCACGUCCUUGCAUUACAAAGACUAAAACAAUGAAUAUUCAUAUAUAAAUAUAUAUAAACAGGUACUUUAUAUUUUUACACUCAUGUGUUUUAAAGGCUUGAAUAUUUUUAUUUUUAUCAGUGUUUUGUGUGAGGUCAGUGUGAGCGUUGUUUUCUGAGGGGGGCACUCACUUUGUUCCCCUCGCAUGGCUCACCACCAAUCACAGAUCAAGCUGGUUCCCGCCUGUAAAGCAGAGGCACUUAAAUCAAGGGUGUGUCCUAAAUGGUACCUUAUUCCUUAUAAAGUGCACUACUUUUGAUCAUAGCCCAAUGGGCCCUAGUCUAAUGUAGUGCAAUAUAUAGGUAAUAGAGUGCCAUGUGGGAUGCAGCCCAUCUGUGAUCACGUCUGCCCCUCCCAGCCAAUGAAACAAAAGAAAAGGCAAACGUUUAACCAGUGUUUCCUCAUUCUGCACCUUGACUACUCCUGACCUAGCCUGUUCCCAGAUCAAUUAGACCUGAGUCCAGGCUACCCCUGACUAUACAGAUUUAAAAAAAAAAAAAAAAUUAUACCUAAUAUCAAUGAAUGUCAGUGGAGACAC